AUGUCAUAUGACCUCUAUGGAAAGUGGGAUCCUUCUACAGAUUAUGGAAAGGAGCACGGGGCGUUCCUUAAUGCACAUACCAAUCUUACUGAGAUCCGGGACAUGCUCGACUUGCUGUGGCGUAACGACAUUAAUCCCCAGAUGGUGACUCUAGGCUUUGCCUUCUACGGCCGCAGUGCAACAGCGGCAAGUCCCGGAUGUGUGAACCCGGGUUGCCAGUUUGUAUCAGCUGGUCUCUCUGGAUUGUGCAGCAACGAAGCUGGAGUUCUCCUCAACACGGAAAUUGACCAAAUCAUUAAGGAGAAUUCCUUGACACCCAACUUUGACAAGGAGGCGGCAAUAAAAUGGAUUUCCUGGGGUGGAAACCAAUGGGUUUCCUACGACGACGCUGACACCUUUAAAAUCAAGGCCGACUUUGCCAAGUCAUUCUGCCUCGGCGGUGUGAUGGUCUGGGCAGUUAGCCACGACACGGUGGAUGGGAAGUAUGCCACAGGGUUGGCCGAUGCUGUCAACCGGGCUCCUUUUAAGCUUCCUGGAAGCGCAUACAUAACUGUGGCAACAGCCAUGACAAUGAGCGAUCAGGAUAACUACUGCCGCUGGACGAACUGCAACGAAGACUGUCCAAACGGUUUCGGUGAUAUAAUUCGGGCAGAUAGCAGCGCCUUCGACCCGGAUAAUACCUACAUGGUCUCUGAUUCUGGGUGUAUCAAAGGGACUUCGCAUGCGAGCCGGGAUGUUAAGAAGGUGAGGCCGAAGUGCGAACGAAUUCCAGAGGGUGCACUCGUUUGGGAUAUGUUACUGCCUGUUGCACUAAUGUGGAAACGACGGCCCCUUACGCAGAGUCCACUCAUGGAUCUGGCGGUAUGCCUGCCUGUGACUAGGGGUAUUGAAGCCUAUGCUGUAAAGGCAAAGAACCGCCCAAGGCAUUCCAGAGGUCAUCCUACUGCCCUUGACAUCAACAGUAAAGGCAUUAUUGCGGAACCUUUUAAUGUAUUUGAUGAAAGAACAUUUGGAUCUGGCGGUAAUGGUCGGCCACUUGUACAAACAGCCCUGGAAGGUGCGGUCAACGGUGACCUAUCACUACAUUAUGCAAGAUGGCUUUGGCUGAGAGGCAUUAGAAGCUUGCGCUACUUUGCACUGGAAGUUGCCUACUGGAUUGGGCCACAAGUUGGCACUGCGCCAUCAGAGACAAUACGUAAUAGAUAUACAACUCCGGGAAGAAGCGAUGAACGGUGGAUUGUCUUCCACAUCCACUUCAAAUCCGACGCUCCUAAUGAUAUCGACGCGGCACGCAAUCAAAGACUGAAUAACGGGUUGACCCGGCAGCGUAUGUUUGACCGAAUCCCCGGCACAUCAAACUCCUGGGGCUUUUAUUCUGGAGCCACCUACGUCCGUAUCUAUCACGGAUCGACGAUUCAAGGAUUCUCGAAUGCAGACCCCCGUGUCCGCUACAGCGACAACGCCGGCGUCAACCAACGUUUUGGAGUUCACGAUUGUGACAGAAGCGAAGAGCGAUGGUACAUUGGCCAGCCAGCACCUCCGGGAGCAAAUGCGUAUGCCCUAGCACUCGCGGCCUGGGGACAACAUCUCGUACAACGGCAAAUCGCGAACAUGGCCUCGUUUACCUAUAUAUUUCCAGAUACUCUCGGAGCCGCAAACACACAAAACAAUCAGAUGCCUCAUCGACAACCUAGGGCUGUAGGUGAUGCUUUGUAUGAGAAUUUUGGUCCCGAUGGGUUACUCAUGUUUCGAUUUGAGGAUAUUCGCCCUCUUCCCCCUGUACAUCCAACCCAUCCUGCCCAAGAGGAUCUUCUUGAUGACCCUUACAUCCCUUAG